GAGCAUUCAACUCACCAGAGUCCUUAGGAAGACACCAAGACCAAGAAGGAGAAUUAUGUGGAUACGGGCAAUACUGGGAGCUGUGCUGGUGUGUCUCCUGAUUCUACACUUUCUGAAACGGCUCCAAACACAGAAGAAUUACCCUCCUGGGCCUCCUCUAUAUAUAACAGCUUUAAGGUUUAUACAGGCCGGAUUCAGAAUUCAACCUGACACGUUCACCAAGUUAGCAAAGGAAUAUGGAACCAUUUACUCGGUAUGGGAAGAUAGUGUGCCUGUAAUAGUAGUGUCUGGAUAUGAAAGUAUAAAAGAAGUACUAAUAAAGCAUUCAGAAGAAUUCUCUGGGAGAUCGAUCACCCCAUUCUAUAGAGAUGUGGUAGGAGACAAGGGUAUCGUAGCAUCUAAUGGUCACAUCUGGGAGCAGCAUAGGAAGUUUGGAUUAGUUACGUUGCGGAAGCUAGGGUUGGGAAAGAAGGUUCUGCAGAGACAAAUAGAAGAUCUGGCCCUUCAACUUGCGGAGACUUUUGCACGUGAAAACGGGCAGCCUUUUGAGCCUUCAGUACACUUCUUUUCUUCAGUCUCCAAUGUGAUCUGUGCUCUGGUUUUUGGACAUCAGUAUUCUCUUGAUGAUGAAGAAUUUGUCAAGCUGAUGCAUGCCCUGAAUUAUGGUGUACAUUUUGGAGGUACCUUCUUUCAUCUUCUCUAUGAAGCGGCCCCAUGGCUCAUGAAACAUAUCAAAGGGCCAUACAAGGGGGUGUAUGCCGCAGCAGAUGUUAUCUUUGCACAAGCAAGGAAAGAGAUAGAAAUGCAUAAGACGAAACUUGCAGGGAAUGAUCCACGGGAUUUCAUCGACUACUAUCUACUGCAGAUAGAGGAACAAAGCAAGAAUGACCCCGCUUCAACAUAUGACACCGAAACCCUAGUCCAUUGUAUUAGUGAAUUCCUUUUUGCUGGGACAGAAACAGUCAAUGCCACUCUGCAAUGGGGACUGCUUCUCAUGGUGCAUCAUCCAGAUAUCCAGGAGAAAGUCCAGAAGGAGAUGGAAGAUGCUUUUGGUUCCUCACGAUCAAUUAACUAUGAAGAUCGGAAGAAACUGCCUUAUACAUUAGCUGUGAUUAAUGAAAUCCAGCGUUUCAAAUAUAUCUUAGUAGCUUCGACACCAAGAGAAUGUAUAAAGGAUGUGACUGUUCUUGGUUUUUCCGUUCCAAAGGGUGCCCUCAUUAUUCCAAAUAUACACUCAAUUCUUUAUGAUUCCAAGGUAUGGGAGACCCCUGAAAAGUUCAACCCAAAUCAUUUUUUAGACAAAGAUGGAAAAUUUGUGGCUAGAGAAGAACUUCUGAUCUUUGGUGCAGGAUCCCGUGAGUGUCUGGCGAAAAAUUUGGCACAGAUGGAGCUCUUCUACUUUUUCACAAUCCUGCUGAAAGCAUUCACCUUCAAGCUGCCAGAAGGAGUGACAGAAGUCAACUUAGAGCCUGUCGGGGGUGUGAUAUUCUGUCCACAACAUUAUAAGAUCUGUGCUCUUCCCAGGGUUCACUGA